GGAGAAGAAGGAGGAGGAGGAGGAGAAGGAGGAGGAGAAGGAGGAGGAGAAGGAGGAAUGCUGGGUUCACCACAGUCUGCAGAUCAAUGUGCUCCGUGCAGCAGACAACCUGACCGAGUAUUGAUCUGUGCUGCUCUCACCUGUGACACUUUGUUAACCUCCGAGAAACUAAAAGCGGCGUCUCUUCGUCAGCUGCAGGCGGAUUUUCAAACUAAAGCCGCGAGUGUCCCGCGGCUGCAGCUUCAGGACCAGCGGCUGUCCAGCGGCUGUCCAGCGGUUUGCAGAGAUGUGGCAGCGAUAGAUGAGCGGGUCACAGAGGCUGCAGAGGAGAGGACCAUGGCCUGGCGAGUGUGGUCAAAGCUCUGCUGUGGUCAGAAAUGGCUGCUCCUCCUGUGCCCCCUCUUCCUCCUCCUCCUCACAAUCUCUGUAAUGACGAUCACUCUACCUCUCCCCACACCGCCGGUGGACAUUGACCGCCGGUCAUCCCGCGUCCUGAGCUCUGCUGGGGAGCUCAGAUCCAGGCCCAGGGCUAUGGAGCCCCCUCCUGCCACCAUCUUUCAGCAGCCAUCCACUCACAUCCAUAAUGAGGCCCGGAGAAGCAGCAGAGGAAAAGAGACAUCUAAACUGUCUGUGCACCAUAUACCACGGGGGAAUGACAAAAACAGCAUCAACAGAGCGCAAGAGGAAAGUCACACAGACUUAGACAGAAAUAAACACAAAAACAAAGCGAUGGCAGGCGCCAUGCAGCACCCAGCCAGUCACCAUCAUCUCCCACAAUUUACAGUCAACAACGCACGGCCAAGGCAUAGAAUUAAGCCCAGCAACCACAAUGCUGUGGUAAAACACAGUGCUCAGACAAACAUUCAUCUUGAAAGGGGCAUAUCCACCACAGCACAUAUCCCUGUUCAGGCAGAUAUCCUAAUGAGUGAGAGACUGGCUGCAGGCAGACAGGCGGGCAGAUGGGAGGGUAAACACACAGACAGGAAUACAGACAUGCAAAUACAUGGCAGCCAUACAAGUGCAAAGUUAGCCAAACAUCACCAGACCCUGGGUAAACACAGACAAGCAACAACGCACAUGGGGAAAUCUGAUAAAAUCUAUGAAGAGCAGCAGGCUGUGAAAAAGCCCUCCAGGGAUCUCAAAAAACACCACAAUCUGUCAGAGGAUCCCCCUGCGAGGAAGAGUCCAAGGUCAUUGGACCAUAGAAAAGCUUCGUCCAAAGCUGAGGCAGCCUUAAAGGCAGAUGACAGCAGCUGGUGUCAGAGUUUUUCAGAGCAGGACUUCCCAGACAGUGACCACAGGAGGGUGAGGAUUAGUCCACAGCCUCUUCCCUGGCUCAGCCACGACGACAUCCAGAAGAUGGAGCUCCUUGCCGGGGGGGAAGUGGUCAGUAAGGCCAGGGUGCCUGGACAUGGACAGGUUCUCCAAGUGGCUCUGGAACAGCUUGUAAACCAGAAGGAGCCAUCACAGAUGAGAGACUCUCCUCAGCAUGAACACGGGCAGCGAAAUCCAGAAAGCCAUAGUGACCGCUGCCACAAGGGGCGCUGUUCCCUCAUCAAACGCACCGAUGACUGGUUCGAGGUCUUUGCAUUCCACCUGGACAGAGUGCUGGGACUCAACAGGAGCCUCCCUGCAGUGCUGAGGACUUUCACCAGUGACAUUCUACCAUAUCGCUACAUCAGGGGACCCCCCAGGCCGGUACUGUGGUGGGACCCAGAUAUUCAGCACCUCACCGAUAGAGACAAUGACCAGAACUCAGUACCACUCAGCUGGGUUCAGUACCAGAAACUGCUGCUGCUACACUGUGGGAGUGACACUGACCUGAGGUCUGCACCCUGUGUGGGAGUCCACCACUCAGAGUGGGGAAGACUGGCUCUUUUUGACUUUUUAUUACAGGUAAACGACCGUCUGGACAGGUACUGCUGUGGUUUCACACCUGAUUCCACAGAGGUCUGUGUGGAGAACCUGCUGCACACAAAGUGUGCCCGCACCAAGGAGCUGCAGCUGGUUCACAUCCUGGUGAGGAAGGCAGAUCCCUCCAGACUGGUGUUCAUAGACAAUGCCGGCAGACCACAGCAGUCCACCAACAACCUCAACUUCAGGCUAGUUGAGGGCAUUGAUGAGUUUCCAGAAAAAGCAGUGUCGCUGCUACAGUCUGGCUGCCUGGAGAGUCUCCUUCUACGCUCCCUUUACACGGACAGGGAAUUCUGGGACAGCCAAGGUGGGGUCAGCGGCCUCAGGCCUCUCGUCCACAUGGUGCAGCAGAGAGGGAAGAUCCUCCUCCAGCACAUCAGGGACAGAAAGCUCCAGCUAAAGAGGGACCUGUGAGCAGGAACUUCACACAGUCGUCAGGUUGAUGAGCUCAAGUGGAUCAAAAAAGAUCCUUCUGUAGCGAAAGAAGCAAACUUGACUCAGCUCAUUCAAGAGCACAUUGGACAAGUUGGGAUGUUAAAAAACAAAUGGGGGGGCUACAAAAAAGAAUUACCCUGAAAAUCACAUUUUAAACAGAGGAGUGGUGGUUUUUUUCCUCUGGUGCUAUUUUGUUUCCUAACGUUCAGUAUCCCCUAUUAUUUCUGUCAGCAGGCUGCUGUCAGACCUCUCUCUGUGCAUCUAUAAAAGAACAGUGACAUCUACUGCUUGACUUCUCAAACAUUGGAUCGGCCGUUUGUAACAGUUUCUUAGUAGACACAUCAAAUAAAAAAUUUUUUUUUUUCAAACUCUACCCAGAGGUGGCCAGUGAGGCAUUUAACAUUAACAAAUCAGUUUUUCACAUUCAAGUAAACAUCAAGUCUGCAGUCGGAGCCUAAAUAAACGGAUCACUGGUCUUUUAUUGUCUUAAAUAAGUCAUCUACAUUCAUUAUUACAGUUUCUCAUAGGAAUCAGUCUGCAGUCGUAAAGGAUAAUAGCUGUUUAAUAAACCAGCCUCUGCUGCACAAGUUGUUAGAGAUCACAUGUUUUAUUAGAGGAGAAUAAUGGACUAAUAAUAGACUCUUCCUCCUGCUGAGAACAAACACCAUCCAUUAGAUAAUGGCAGAAUUGAUUUUUAAAGAAUCAAUAGAUCAUUUAUUAACCAUCAAUAAAGCUGUUAGUUACAGAUUAUGAGCCCUUUAAAAAGAGUGCCUUGUGAGAAAGUGGUACUAAUAUUACAGCUAUGCAGAUCUGGAUUGUGUGGCAGAAAGGAUGUGACUACAAAUUACAGUGAAGUCACAAAACCUUAACAGGUUUUUUAAAUUGUGCCUUAAGAGGAAAAUCAUUUGUCAUUCAUGCUGCACACAAUGAACAAUCUGAUUCCACCGUGGAAACACAAUCAAAGUAAAGGUGUGUCUUUGUGUAUUUUUCGUGUUUAUUCGGCAUAAUGCUAAAUAUAUACACAGGCUCUGUUUCAUGCUAAUCUUUCAAUCAUCUGUUCAAAAUGAAAUAACCCUGCAGCUCUGUCUGUUGCUACGAGAUGCUUGUCACCCCUUGUUUUCUUUCAGCCCUUCCAUCUACUCUCGGUAGCAUCUCGCCAAAUGUUCCCUCACAGCAUGGAAAUAAAUGUGAGACGAAUUAUUCCUCCA